AUUUGGAAAAAAAACCAGAGGCUGGAGAUCUUGAUUUUUCUUUCUUCUUCUUCUCUUCUUCUCUCUAAAAACUCUUAGAUUAGGUUUCCUUUUGAUUUGGAACCUGCUGUUUGUGGAGAAUUGAGUGCAACUUCAACACUACGGCACCCUUGUAUGCCCAGAUCCUUACGACUUGGAGAACCAAUCGAGUGUGAUCCCGAGAUUGAAAGGACCUUGCGUCAUAUUAGGAAGAAGGCAUGAGAAACAAAGGAUAAUUUGAAAAGCAAAAACACCAUGGGAGACCAAGAAAACCAAGGCAAUCAAGACCGAUCCUUGAAGGAGUUUGCAUCACCAACCACCCAUAGCUCCCAAUCAAGCAUCUUGAAGCCUAAUGUUGCUGCCAACAAUUUCGAACUCAAGCCCUCACUCCUCUCCUUGGUUCAGCAAAACCAAUUUGGAGGCACUCCAACCGAAGACCCAAACCUCCAUAUCUCAGUCUUUCUGGAGUAUUGUGACACCUUGAAGAUGAAUGGAGUGUCGGAUGAUGCAAUCAAGCUAAGGUUGUUUCCCUUCUCACUAAGAGACAAGGCAAGGGCUUGGCUGCAAUCACUUCCACCGGGCUCCAUCACUACAUGGGACCAACUCUCAGAAGCGUUCCUUGCUAAGUACUUCCCUCCGAGCAAAACAGCCCAAUUGAGAAAUCAGAUAACAACCUUCACUCAAAAAGAAGGGGAGUCAUUGUAUGAUGCAUGGGAGAGGUACAAGGAUCUUCUAAGGAUGUGUCCACAUCACGGGUUGGAGGAUUGGCUCAUAAUUCAUACUUUCUACAACGGUCUUCUCUACAACACAAGGAUGACAGUGGAUGCUGCAGCGGGUGGUGCAUUGAUGAACAAAAGUGUACGAGAUGCAAAACAACUCAUAGAGGAUAUGACACAGAACCAUUUCCAAUGGUCAGGUGAGCGCUCUUUACCCAAAAAGAGCGGGAGGUAUGAUGUUGAUGCAUUAGACCACAUUGCUUCUAGAGUAGAUGCUUUAUUUCAAAAAUUUGACAAGAUGAACAUGAAUUCAGUAGCAUCUAACUCUACUACUAACUGUGAAAUAUGUGGUAUUAAUGGACAUUCUGCUGUGGAAUGUCAAAUUGGAAACUCCCCUUCCUCUGAUGCACCACUAUCUGAACAUGUUAAUUACAUGAAUAAUUUUAAUCAGAAAGGGGAUCCUUUUUCAAAUACGUACAACCCGGGAUGGAGAAAUCAUCCUAAUUUAUCCUACAAAAAUCCAUCACAGAACCCAAAUCCUCACUCUAAUUUUCGACCUCCUGUUUUUCAAGCCCCUAGACUCCCCUACCCCAGUCCCCAAAAGUCUAACUUAGAGAGCUUAAUGGAGAAUUUUGUGUCAUCCCAGAAUAAACAAAAUGAAGAAUUUAGAAAUCAGAAUAGAAUCAUGAGAGAUGCCAUCAAAAACCUAAUUUCUAAGGUUGACUCUUUAGCCACCCAUAAUAAAAUGUUAGAGAAUCAGAUCACUCAAGUGGCCUAA